AUGAAUCGAACAAAUCAUGAACUACAACAACAAUUGAUUUAUCUACCAGAAUGGACUGAAAAUGUUCAGCCAUCCAUCGAUUCAAAAUUUCUCUCAACAGCUGUUGAAGCAAUGGUUAAACAUGGUCAAUAUCGUUUAAAUAUGGAAUUCACACAUAAACGUGCAAUGUUAAAAUUGAAUGCUGUUGAUCAUCGUUUCAUUUCAGCAGUAUAUGCAUUGAAACCGACAGAAGAACAGAUUGUACUGAUCAAAAUGUAUUGGCAAGCUAUAACCAAUGAACAGAAAGCACUGGAAGAAGUGGAAAUUCUUCGAAAACGAGUGUCAUUAAGACGACUUCCUCAAUCAUAUGAUAAAAUUCUUAAUCAAUUCAUUGCUCCUAUUCAAACAAUGCUUUCACAUGCUAUUCUGCAUAAAGAUCGACGUACUAGUAUGGCAUCAUGUUGCUUUAAAACAAUUACACAAUGUGAAUUUGAUUUGAUGGCUAUGACGAUUGCUAUAGCUCAAGAUACAGCUCGUGGUUAUGCUCAAUUGGCAAUCGAUACGAAAAAUAAAUUACACCAACUAGAUAAUAAUUCACUACGAACAGCUACUGAACAACUCAUCCAAGCGAUAGAAAUUCGUGGAGAAAAUAUGAAAAAACGUGCUCAAGAAUUAUUUCAAUAUAAAAUAAUCUCUUUUUUCGAACAGGCUCCGGCGGUAGACAACGGCAAAGGCAACGUAUCCGCCGGAGCAAUUUAA